GACUAAGGCAGUUAAGAGCCAGCCCGGGCCGUCGACGGUCACGGUUCAUUGUCGAUUGUUGUGCUGUCCAAAAACGGUGAAGAAAAAUCCAAAAAGCUUGGACAAAACGAAAUCAAGAGCGUGAAAAAUAAAGAAGGCUAUUCAACUGAAAAUCAAAGUGAAUUCAAACACGUUCAUCAAUCAAGAUUCUUGUCGUCCUUUGUGUUAACAGACAAUUACGUAAAAAGAGCGGACGCAAAUUGAGUGUUUCAAAAGAGAACAGGUUUUUCUUGAUUGUCUGCCUUAAUUUGCGUGUUGGACCAAUUGGCAGCACGUCAAGUGGGAGGAAGUGAAAAAUAGAAAAAAACAAAAACAAAACAAGAACAAAACCACAAUCACGGAGGAAAAGUCUGUCGGCGGGAUACUGGAAAACAAAUGAAAACAGUCCAUCCUUUCCUAAUGUGGCCAAAGUGUCAGCAAAACAUUCGGGCCGAGAAACCGUGAUCGAUCCUGCUUGGUCCAAUAGACCUUCUCCAUCUUUCGACCGAGAAAACUAGAACUUAAAAAACACAAAAAUCAUAAAGAAAUAAAAAAACCACCCACCCACACAGGCCUGCCCCUCCCUGCUUUCUUCCUCCUACCUUGCCCACUCCUCCUCAUUGGAGAGAGAGGAACUGGGACAAGAGUCGUGCGCCGUGCAUUCAGACGACUGAGCGCCACUGACCGAAUAGCGCGUUCAGCAUACCGCAGUCCCGCCCGCUGCUACCGCAAUCGUUCAUUCACUAUUCGUCUACUACACUUGAUCCAUGGCUACAGGAUCUGUCGGCGGCGUAGGAUAAGCUUUCCCUCUUUUCUCCUGCAUUGAAAAAUUGAGACAAGGCGUAGGCAUUCGAGUGAAAACAGUCUGCCAUUAAAGAAAAGAAAAGAGUCGCAGUUCAAACGCAGCUCUCAGUGGUGGACCAGACGCACUCACAGACUCAACACGCCUUCGCGACAUUCCAGCCAGCAGAGUUUUACGACGAGGACCGGUCGCAACCAGUAAAAGAAGAGAGGAUUGCAACAUCGUUUAGUGCCAUCCAGCCGAUUCCUAAUACGUCGUUGUUGGUGUGCGUCAAUUUAUUUUUUGUUUUGCCUGACCGCUGUGGCCCGUUCCCGCGUCUACAUGCGCUCGAGUGCAGUGUCAGUUUCGUGAGUGCACCUACCGGUUGGUGAAUCCCCGUACCAGACACCAUUUUUUUUUUUUUCACUAUAGUUAAACGAUCUCACGAUCGCUCACGGUCAUCGUGAAGGUGGCUCAAGGUUUACUGAAACGAGAUAACAUUUGAUUGGCUGCCAGAAAUACAACUUCAACCUUUAUAAGGUUUAACAGAAAGGUCGGCUGUGUCUAGCGUUCCAGUCAGCCUGCGAAUUUUCAUUAGCCGCCAUCAUGGAGACGGAAUUAUCCAACCUGGUAGAGUUCUACCGUGGCAGAAGCGUGUUCGUCACAGGUGGAACAGGUUUCUUGGGCAAAGUGUUGGUGGAGAAACUACUACGCUCCUGCCCGGAUAUCAAGGCCAUCUAUUUGCUCAUCCGACCUAAAAAAGGCCAGGAUGUCCGCAGCCGAAUUGAAGAAUUCAACCAACACAUCGUUUUUGAAAAUUUACGGCGUGAUCGGCCACAAGCCAUGGACAAAGUGAUUCCCGUGGCUGGCGAUGUGACGCUGCCGGAUUUUGGUAUUUCGCCCGAAGAUUUGAAACUCCUUUGCGACUCUGUUUCCAUUGUCUUCAACUCAGCGGCCACUGUCCGCUUCGACGAAGAUUUGAGGACAGCCGUCGAGCUCAAUGUCAAAGGACCACAAAGACUCAUGAACGUUUGCCAUCAAAUGAAACGUUUAGAGGCUCUCGUUCACGUCUCAACGGCUUAUAAUAAUCUGGACAAAGAAAGUAUUGAGGAAAUUAUUUACCCGACGCCCAUUACGCCUCGUAAACUGCUUGAAAUCGUCGAUUGUUUGGACGAGGACAUGCUGACUAGCAUCACCAGCAAGCUUGUAGGUAAAUGUCCCAAUACAUACGCUUAUACCAAAGCCAUCGCCGAACAGUUGUUGCGCGAAGAGCACGGCGACAUUCCGCUGGCCAUCGUCAGACCCUCAACGGUCACAGCUGCCCUGUUUGAGCCCAUGCCUGGCUGGAUCGAUAACAUAAAUGGACCAACUGGUAUAAUCGCGGGUGUAGGGAAAGGUUUCCUUCGAGUGGUACGAUCCCGACCGGACUUGGUUGGCGAUAUGAUUCCGGUGGAAUUCCCCAUCCAUUUGAUGUUGGCCGUGGCUUGGUAUACGGCUACUCACAAAUCCAAUGAAGUAAAAGUGUACAAUUGCUCAACUGGCGAUCAAAAUCCGCUUAGCUGGGGUGAAUUCCGUACCAUCGCGUUCGAUGCGUGGAUGGAAAAACCUGGCGGAGAUAUCAUGUGGUACCCCAGUAUCAGUUUUAUCAGCGGCGAGUGGAAUUACACAAUCGCCGCUUACAUCUUUCACUACAUUCCGGCUUACCUAAUCGAUUUCCUCGCUCGAUUGCUAGGCAAACAGCCUAAACUGGUUCGUUUCUAUAGCAAAGCCGAUAGGGCUAUGGCGUGUCUCAAUUUUUACACGAUUCGACAGUGGCGGUUCAUCAGCGAUAAUGCUAUCCUCCUGCUGGACAAAAUGUCGGCUCAGGAUCGUGAGAUUUUCUACUUUGACGUGCGUCAAAUCAACUGGCGGCAAUACAUCACCAACUACGUGGCGGGUACCAAAAAAUACAUUUUGAAGGAUAACACACCGGUAGAAGAAGCCAAAAUCAUCAUCCAAAGGUUUUAUUGGCUGAAAAAGGCUACUCAAGCAAUCCUUUUGCUCGUCGUGUUCUUCUUCGGCUUGCACUUGUUCACUUGGAUAUUUGGCGGCGCACUGCAGGCCACGUAGCCGCUCAUUGAUAUCAUUAAUCGCUUUUUUUGUGUGUGUAGCCAUUGCAAUCGUGGUGGAUAACCAUUCAAUUAUCAUUUAUAUCAACAUUUUUUUUUCUCUCGUCAUUAUAACCCUCUUUACACACAGUAUAGAAACGUAGUAUCUCUUCCAACAUCCAUGAAGUACAGAAAGAUGAAAAAAUGAAAAAUCAGAAAAUUCUCAACAAAAAAAAAAGGAAGUGUUAAAAGGAAUGAGUAGUUGCACUAUAUGCAAAUAAUAGUUUAAUUACAGAGCAAUGGAAACCAAUACGUGCAAGGAUAUGUGAUGACAUUGUGUGUAUGUGUCGUUUUUUUUUUCAUGAAUGAUUUGUUUUUAAUUCCCUCAGUUUUGCCUUAUAUGGACGGGGGAAAAGAAACAAGAUAAACAACAAAAACAUUGUCAAAGCCGAUCGAGUUCUAUAUUUUAUUUGAUUUUGUUUUCAUUUGAAUUUCGGGCGGUUCUUUUAUGAUGUCAAUGGUCGUCUGACUGCUAAGCGGUUAAUUCUCCCAUGUUCCCCAUGCGCAAUUUUUUCUUUAUUACACCCCCUACCUUUAUUCCUCCUGCAGUUGCCCGUGUUCUUAAGCUGGUGGCUGCAUGCAAAAACAUUCAAAUAUCCAUAUUAUUUAGAAAUAUACAUCGCAUCUGCUCAUUUCACAAUAAACGACAAUAUUGUUGUCUUAGUACUGUA